ACCUAAUUUACGAAUUUGUUUAUAAGUUAUCUUAAAAUGAAAAUUUUAUCAAAAAUUUCUUUCAUUUUCCUAAUCGGAUUAAUUUGUUUAACACAAUUAACUUUAUCACAAAAAUGUCUAGAAUAUUUAAGACCAGUUUAUCGAUAUGAAACUAAAGUUAUUGAUUGUCCAAUGGUAUCAACCAAUGAUAAACGACAAUCAAUUCCAACGUCGAAUGACUUAAUGUUUAUUAUAAAUUUUAAAUGUUUAACUAAUGAUAAGAUAACGUGUGGUAAAGUUGAAAAUGUAUUAAUUACAGCAGGAAAAUUUAUAACAGCAACAUUAAACCUGAAAACAGCUAUAACUGUUGAUGCCCAAUUUUUAAAUUAUUGCUUAACAUAUGGAGAUUGUGAUCAAGAAAAAGUGAUAUUAGGAUCAACAAGGCCAGCAAGGAUGAUUCCAAUUCAAGAUACGGAUGGUAAAGUAAGAUUAUAUCCACAAGCAUUAUUGAAACAAUUAGAAUUACCAGAACAUCCACAAUAUGGUCCAAGUGAUAUUAUAACAUCAUUCAAUUCAGAUACGAAUUUUUGGUUUGAAGGGGAUCCAUUAUAUACAUUAAAAGACAAUUCUGAUAUGUUAUAUGUUGUAGUUCAUGAAUUGAUUCAUGGUUUAGGAUUUACAACUGCAUGGAGGGAUUAUUUUAAUAUACAAGCAAUAACACCUGUUCCCGGGUAUUUUUCAACUGAUACUAAAGGACAAUUUUUUGAAUUUGGAUUUGAUAAAAAUUUAGUAUUAUUACCGAGCGGAAAAUCACUUACAUCUAUCGCAGACGAAUUAAAUAAAUUUCCGAUUAAAUUAGAUAUUACUAAUAAUGAAUUCAUUAGUUCAUUUUUGAAAUCACCACAAUUUCCUAUAGCAAAAAAUUUAUAUAAAAAUGCUGUUACGCAUGGUACAAUUGGUUUUUUAAUUACACCAAAUUUACAACCUAAUACUCCAAUAACUCAAGACGAUGUCAUUUUAUUAGAAACUAGUUUAAAUCCUUUUCUACGUGGUUCAAGUCUUGCACAUGUUGAUGCUCAAACUUAUUUUGAUAGUAGUGAUUUUUUGAUGAUGUAUAGUUACCCAAAAAUAUCUCUUGGACAAAUGAUGUUUAAUGUAGGCAGCACUAAUACUACUGGUCCAAUUGGCCCUAAAUUAAGGCUUCUUUUGGGAACUUUAGGUUAUGAAGUUAAAAAAGAUUAUAUUCCUCCAGUUAAAUUAUCUAACUUACAAUCUAACAAUGAGAUCCAGGCUUCCAAAACAUCUAUUCCUUCUAAUACAAUUAAACCUCAGCCAUCUGCUGAUACUAAUAAUAUUGAAAAGAACGAUUCUUCUCUCGUUAAUUUCAAUUUUUUAUUAUCAAUAAUUUGUAUAUUAUUAUCUUUUACGUAUAGUAUUUAUUCAAAAUAUUAGACAUAUUUAAUUUGAGAAAUAAUUGGUAAUUAGGUUGUGUAUAUUUGAGGUUAAUAUCAUAUAUAUUAAGAUAUUCCUUUGUCUUUAUAGUCUUUAU